AUGUCGCUUUCUCCUCCACUACACUCUAUCCCUACUCCCCCUAUAGUCCCUACGCAGGUACUACCGUCGACAUAUGGCACCAGCUUCCGCAGUGGCCGAUCUCUGCACCGCGAUGUCUCGUUGCGCGAGUCCCCGCUGGGGUACCCUCGUGGUAGCAAGAACCCCAUCUAUGCCUACAAGCACUUUGCAGACUACCGUAACAAGGUGAUGCAAAAGGAGCUCGAGAAGGAAGCACCGAUAUGGCCGCUCUGGUUGGAGGAUGCGUUCCUUGACGCACUUCUCCUUAUUCCCCAAAUGGGGCGCAAGAAGUUCAGCUCCAAGACCAUCCUGUAUGGCCGCAACAUGCUCAUUACAGAGUAUCUGUGGAUCUACCACUGGCUUCUCAACCCCCCACAGAACGGCGAGCGGAUUCCUGACAGGAAGACACGGGAGAGGACAAAGCACCCGGCCUUCAGAACACGCAAGCAGGUGUCGAGUCACAUCCAGGUCCUCAAGGGCUUCUUCCACACCUUGGUCACCUUCCACUUCAUCUUCCCAAGCAAGAAAGACGCCAAGGAAGACGAGAAGAUCAUCAAAAAGGAAGAUGACGACACGGAGUCUUUCAAGAACAACAGAGUGCUGAUUGCCAUCGCUGAUGGCCGUCUCCCGGAUGAGAGACCCAAUUAUGAGUACUUUGCCCGCCUGCUCAAUGCUGACGCCGAUGUCUUCCUCCGCCCGAAGCAGUGCCGCAUCUUCGUCUCGUCCUCGGGGGUGAUACUCAAGGACGACGUGGUGACGGCCGAGGACGGCACGUCUCGCAAGCAGAUUGUCGGCCACACACUCGACGGCCACCGGCUCAGCGAGAAGGAUUACCCCCACCUCAAGCUCAAUGAGGGCAAGGACUACAAGGACCUGCCGAUGACGAACGGGCGCAGUCCUGUGCUCCUGCAUGAGUACACCAAGAGCCUGGCACAGAAGGAGUCGUCCUCUAUAAAGGACAUCUCGAACAGGUGGGAGGUGCGCUUCCCCGAGCUACGGGAGAAGCUGCUCGCGGCCAUGGACGACACUCAUCCCACCGACGAGUUGAGCUCGCGAUGUGUAGUCGGUCCCUGCGACACGUUCCACUUUGAGGUCAUCCUGGAUCUUCACUCAAACUCCAAAUUCCCCACCGGCUCGGAGCUCAACGGCAUGGUCGAGCUGUCCAUUGCCCACCGGGACCUACAAGGCCACAGGUGGCGGUCGAUGACCUCGGUGAUGAAGCCCAACGAGCUUCACAUCAACAACGUGGAGCCCGAGUUCUGGGACAGGACCAACCAGGUCGAUGUGAUUGUGUCGCACCGGACCGGUUGCUCCAUGCGGCCGCACUGUGACUGUGCCAUGCGUGGGAGCCGUGACACCAUCUGUGUUCCCUUCCCCGCAGCCAGCUGGGCAAACACCUUUAUCAAACUCGCUCCAUAUGUCAAUGCCGAGCGCGAGCGCAAAGAGCGCGAGCAAGGCUCCUCCUUUUCGUCUUCACGCCCGCACGGUCGGUCCGAGUCUGAGGAUGGCACGUCCACGGCCACCGCCAAGUCCCGGAGCAAGUCGAACCUGCAGAGUCCCAAGGAGCUGCUCGACCAGGUCGCCAUGUAUCAGGAGAUCUGGUCAGCUCCAUCCGAUGAGAGCGGUCACCUCCGUGGCAUGGGAGAGAAGAAGUCUGAAGGCUGGAGGCGCCGAGCAGUCAUCCUGUGGACGUUCGCCCCUGUUCACGACCAGGCGGAUGACAAGGGCAAGCCCGUGACGGUCGCGGCUGGCACGAGCUGGAAGUUCCUAACCAAGUUCGACCCGACGUCCCAAUACCACCAGCAGCAUGCCUACCUCAGCGGCUCUCCCAAUGUCUCGCGCGAUGCCGUCAUGAGCCCCAACCCAGGCUACUCGCACCACCUGUCUGCCGCCAUGCAAGAGAACCUCUCCUCCGCCUACGAUGCUGGCGCUCACGUCUCCAUGCCUCAGUCGCACCUCGGCGGCGUGGGCUCCGGCCAGAUGAACCUCGGUAUGUUGGACGGCUUCCCCAAUGGCCUGGCCACGCCGCCACCGACCGCGGGAUUGCCCGCAGCAGGGCAUGCUUACAGCCACGGCUAUGAUACAUCUGCCGGCGUGUCUGGCCAUCUCGGCGGCAGUGACGCGACACUUCAGCACCAUCUAAAUUUCAUGUCUGAUGGUGGUGUCUCUGGUGCUUCGGGUGGCCCAGGCAUCGCUGCACACACCCCCAUGACGGCCGCUGACACCGACCCGUUCCUGCUCGGCGUCUCUGUCGGCUCCUCAGGUACCGAGUCUUUUGAUGACUCUGUGCUGACCACCAGUGUCGACGAGAACGGCCUACACUCAUGGGCGUCUCAAGAUCUCGACACGAGCCAAUGGGGCCACUCGAGCUUGCUCGAUUCCGCGCCUCACACGAGUGCUCAUAGCGCUCCGACGUGGGCAGACGCUCCCGUGCAGAAUCUGCCUCCAACCUCCGCCUACGAUCACGGCCUUGGUCUGACUGCUGCCCUCAAGGAUCCUGCGACAAUUUCGUCCCGCGCUUCGAACAUGAGGAGCCUGCAUCAUGCCAAUCUAUUCGCUGUGGCUUCAAAUCAUGACAGGAGCAUGCUGCACCACCAGCAAAUGCCCAUCUCUUCGUCCUCGCUACAUCAGCGGCGACAAUAUCAGCAACAGCAACAACAAGCGCAACAGCAGCAGAAUGAAGACGCAUGGGCGUCCUCGCCAUGGGCAACAACGUCACCAAUCCUCCCUCAACCCACGACACACUCCACUCCCACGCCCACGCCCACGCCCACUACAUCCACCAACCCCGCAGCAGCAACACAGCAUGAAGACUUUGCCCUGUCUCUCGCGGCUCUCCGCUCGGGCGCAGGCUCCACCGCUCCAAGCAUGACGAAUCCGCGCAAGCGUGGACGUGACGACGACGACGACGACGUAGCCCAUGAUUUCAACGGCCACAACGACAGCGGAGCCAGCGACCCUGACGCUGGAGAUGGCGGUAGCGAAAGAGGAACUGAAGAAGUCCAGUACCCGCAACAGCAGCGUAGCACCAUGCGCAAGCUCUCACAUCCACAGGCCGCGCUGCAGAGCAUGCGGCAGCAGCACCGCCUUCAACAGGAGAGACAUGCAAGUAAUGGGGGAGCGCCUACGCCGGACAUGGUCGGCGACGCGGGCUUUUCCUUCGAGGCGUGAUAUCAUGAGGGUUCUGAUACUGCACCUGCGUGGGGUCUUGGCUAUUGAUUUGAUUUUCAUGGUAUUCCUGUUGUGGGUUGUCAUUUUUCGGGGAAACAAAUAUAUCCGGCGUUUACGGGGGUGAUUGGAGUACUCUGGAGUUUUCUGGUGGAGGUUACCUUGCAGAUUUCUAAAGCUGAAUAAUCACUGAAAAGAAUGGCAUUUCUGGAAAGACCAUCUGCAACAGUACGCGAAGCAAUGACGACAACAAGUACAGCCUUCCGUCGCGAACGACCAAGUGUGAGGUCAAGGCCCCUUCACUCAAAGCUUGAACUGGGUUCUAUCUGAC